AUGCCCAACAUGAGCCAGUUCAUGACGUCCAAGGUCUACCCUGCCCGCCUGCGCCUGGUGGCGGUUCUCCUCGCCGUCGCCUUUGUCUACGCGGGAUACGUGCUCUGGCACGACGCGCCCCUGUGGGAGCGGGCGCGGUCCCAUCUGCCCUCGAUGGCCUUUGACCCGAUGCACCCCAUCCGGAAGCUCAUGAUUGACGCGCGCGACGAGCACGAGCGUCUCCUGGAGACGAAGCGCACAUAUAACCUGCAAACCACCGCCGCGCGCUACCGUGAGCGCCGCGGCCGCCACCCGCCCCCCGGCUUCGACAAAUGGGUCGCCGCCGCCGUCGCCGCCGACGCCGUCCUCGUCGAGGACUACUUUGACAGGAUCUACAAGGACGUCGCCCCGUUCUGGGGCCUCGACCCGGCCACCCUGGCCGCCCGCGCCGCCGCCGGCCAGUUCGUCGUCAAGGUCCGCAACGGCACCGUCGCCAUGCAGGGGCUCGACGAGGACCGCGUGCCCUGGCUGCAGCACUGGGCCGCCCUCGUCACCGAGUUUGCCGAGCACAUGCCCGACGUCGACAUGCCCGUCAACAUGAUGGACGAGCCGCGCAUCAUUGUCCCGCACGAGACCAUCUCCGCGCUCGUCAAGCAGGAGGCUGAGAACCGCCAGGUGCGCCAGCUCGCCGACGUCACCACCAGCUACACCGGCCUCGCCCACGUCGACGCGGCUGAGCCCCAGCCGUACGAGCCGCAGUGGCUCGGGCCCGACAACGCCUACUGGGACCUGGCCGUCAAAGCCUGCGGUCCCGGGACGCCGGCGCACGGUAUGCCCGCGAUCCGCGACUUCGCGCCGCCCGCCGCGGUCCCCGACGACUGGCGCCCGACGUACGCCUUCGAGGGCUACGUGCGCAACUGGACCGCCGCCAUCGACCCGUGCGAGCAGCCGCACCUGCGGCAGCUGCACGGCUCCUUUGUCGAGCCCAUCAGCAUCUCCACCACGGACGAGCUCGUGCCCCUCUUUGGCGGCUGCAAGCUCGCCCUCAACAACGAGCUCGUCAUCCCCGGCGCCAUGUACCUCACCGACGAGCCGCGCUACUCGGGCGGCGCCUCCCACGGGCCCGACUGGGACAGCAAGCGCGACGGGCUCGUCUGGCGCGGCGUCGACUCGGGCGGCCGCGCCCGCGACAACAACUGGUACCACCUGCAGCGCCACCGCCUCGUCGAGAUGCUCAACGGCACCACCGUCGCCCGCGUCGAGCGCACCGGCGAGCGCGCCCUCGCCUUUGACCUGCCGCCCGCCGCGCUGUACCCCAGCCGGCACCGCGCCGCCGGCCAGCUCGGCGCCUGGGUCGCGCGCCUCGCCGACGUCGGCUUCACGUCGCUGUGCUUCCCCGACGGCUGCGAGUUCCUGCGGCCGUUCCUGCGCGAGGCCGCGCCCGUCGACAUGCAGCAGCAGUACGAGUACAAGUUCCUGCCCGACGUCGACGGCAACUCCUUCAGCGCCCGCUUCCGCAGCUUCCUGCUGUCCACCAGCCUCCCGCUCAAGGCCAGCGUCUACGCCGAGUGGCACGACGACCGCCUCGCCCCGUGGGUGCACUUUGUCCCCCUCGACAACACCCUGCAGGACCUGCACCCCGUCCUCGAGUUCUUCGCCGACGCCGACGGGCCCGGCGACGCCGCCGCCAGGCACAUUGCCGAGGAGGGCAAGCGCUGGGCCGAACAGGUCCUCCGCAGGGAGGACAUGCGCCUCUACGUCUGGAGGCUGCUGCUCGAGUGGGCGCGCGUGUGUGACGAGAAGCGGGAUACCCUCGGUUUUGUCGGCGACAUGGUAUGA